UAGCGUGCGCAUCUAUAUUGCGCAACAGUCGGCAGGACAGACGAAGAGUCCCAGUACACGCGGUCAGACCAUAGUGAGCGCUGCUCCAGUCCUCCCAGUCAUUCAUUACGCGUUUUGCGAGACACCAUCAUCUCCCAUCUGUACUAGCCGCAUCCCUGAAGCAGCGAUGUUUUCCUGCAGAGCAGCCUGGCAGAGGUGCGGUCCAUUGGUGCGGAGGGCAGCCUUCAGGGGCCCAAAGGACGUUGUUCAGCGGCGGCAGAUGUCGACUGUGCCCGGGGGCUCUGGGGAGAACAUAGUCUAUGCUCUGCUAUGUGGUGGCGCGUUCGCAGGCUCCCUCGCGUAUGUGUAUAGCACCCUGUCGACCGACCAUACCCGCUACAAUGACCGUGUGGAACAGAUCCAAGCUAGACCUAAGACGGACUGGGUGCCCAAACCAUGGCCACCAAAGAGUCAAGGUGAGGAGGAGGAGGAGGAGGAGGAAGUGGUCGCCGAGGAAGAAGUCGCCGAGGAAGAAGCCGUCGAGGUAGAAGCCGUCGAGGUAGAAGCUGAGGCUGCUGCGGAGGUGGAGGCACCUGUAGACGUGGUGGAGGAGGAGGCUCCUGGAGAAGACGCUGUGGUGGAGGCUCCCGUGGCCGAGGUGGUCGCCGAAGUCGCCGAGGUGGUCGUCGAGGCCGCCGAGGUGGUGGUCGAGGCCGCAGAGGCGGUGGUCGAGGCCGCACAGGAGGUGGCGGCGGUGGCAGAGGAGGUGGCGCAGGUGGCCGAAGCCGUGGAGGAGGCGGCCCAGGCGCUGACGGAGCCGGCGGCGGCCGAGACGGAGAACAACGUGCUGGCAGCUGCCUCUACGACUGAGGCACUAAGGGUGGCUGAGGUAAUCGACGCAACCCUACCUGUGGAAGAGCCUGUCUCUGUUAAAGCUGCGCCAGUGGAAGUGGAGGCCCCGGCGCCAGUGGAAGAGGCCCCGGCCCCAGUGGAAGUGGAGGCCCCAGUGGAAGUGGAGGCCCCUGCGGAAGUGGAAGUGGCAGUGGAAGUGGAGGCCCCUGUGCCAGUGGAAGUUGAGGCCCCAGUGGAAGUGGAGGCCCCAGUGGAAGUGGAGGCCCCAGUGGAAGUUGAGGCCCCGGCGCCAGUGGAAGUGGAGGCCCCAGUGGAAGUGGUGGCCCCUGCGCCAGUGGAAGUUGAGGCCCCUGCGCCAGUGGAAGUGGAGGCCCCAGUGGAAGUCGAGGCCCCAGUGGAAGUGGAGGCCCCUGCGCCUGUGGAAGUUGAGGCCCUAGUGGAAGUUGAGGCCCCUGCGCCAGUGGAAGUGGAGGCCCCAGUGGAAGUGGAGGCCCCAGCGCCUGCUGAAGCUGCGCCAGUGGAAGAGGCCGCACCGUCUUCAGAAGUCAUCGCUGCUGAAGCUGCGUCAGGGGAGGCCGAGGCCUCAGUGGAAGACGGUACCCCAGAAGCGUCUUGUCCGGUGUCCCAGGCCCAGGCCGACGAGCCCCAGAGGGAGUACAUCGUCGUCGUACUGGAGGGAGCGCCCAAGAGCGAGAAAAACCCCAAAGUACUCGGUGUGGGGCCGGCGACUGGAAGACUCAUCCCGGCGCCAGACGACGACGCUCCCUCUGAGAGCCAAGAGAGAGUGCUUCUAAGGAUGCAAAUGCAGUAGAUCUUGCGAGAGUAAAUUAAUCAACAAAGACUCCCUCCGUGCAGAAUGACCGAAAGGAUGUGCCUUUUUCAAUCCUAUGUUCUUACCUCCAAUAACAGUGUCUGCAAUAAAAAUAUAAAGUUUUUUUUUUUUUUAAACUCAAAGAAACUGCUCAAGCAACUUUAUCAAAAUGUAUUGUGCAACAAUGAGCCAUCGAAAUGACUAUUAACCUCACGGCACUUUAACAAUUAUUCAUGUAGCUGCAUGCCAACCAAUACUGAAGCCCUACAUUACUGUGCUCAUGGAAAACGUUCCAUGUUUCACACAAUGGAUAAACAGUUUUGGGCCUUGGUACUUUCACUCCACUUGUGAUACUCAACAGAAGGGAUAAAUGGGAGAAAUAGUCCCUCAACGAAAAUCAUGUUUUUCUUUAAAGAUUGUUUUUUUAAAUCCCAGUAGUUAAUUCACUUUUAUGAUGUGGUACAUAUAUUCAAUGAAAUGGUCUGUAAAGGGAAGGUGCCCGUGUUUCUGAAUGUUGAUGGACAUUACUGACAUUAGGCACUUCUACACACAGCGAUGGAAGACUUGGGUAGACAUGGGUUGACCAGGAUAUACAUGCAGACCUUGUUAUUGGCAAAUAUUUGUUAUUGUCUUGAGGAAGGAAUCAAUGCAGUUUAUGGUUAUUAAGAGAGGUAAAUUGGAUGCUGGUAAGCCAAUUAAUGUUUGAAUUGGAGAUGAUGUUAUGAAAUAGUGACUUUAUAAGGUGUUUGUGUUUAGUGUCAAACAAUGCAAUAGGUGCUUGAGGAGUAGAGUUCUUGCUAUGUUACAUUCGACAGCUAACUAAAUAUGGUAUUGAUCUGAAAAUGUCUGUUUCAAAUAUGUUUUUUCAGCUAUCUUUUCCUUCCGAUUACUCCAUUUGCUUGUGUUUGCUUAUACUUAAAAACACAGAUCAGGAAGCGUGAAGAUGAGGAACAGGAGCAUAUUGAAUAAUGGCUAUUCUGCACAUUUUUUCUUCUGUUAUGGUUUACAGAGGUGAUCAUCCUGAAAGCUUUUGUGUAGGUUUAAAUGUGAAUGUGAAUAAAAAGGUAAAACGAA